CGAUUAUCUUGUCUCUCGUCAGUUUCUUUUGAGCUUUUUGCGGGAGAUAUUCUUGUAUACCAUUUUCAGAAGGCGGAAAAGGAAGGAUCCAUUUUCCGUCUGGAAAGUCCAAACUCGUACCAGGGGACCGCCGGCGGGGCCCUCGAGAACCCCGCUUCUGGCGGUUGCGCCUUCGAUGUUCUUGUCUCUCUUUCAUCGAUGAUCUGCCUCGAUUUUGAAUUCCUCACGAAAAACCUGCAGCUUUCUGUGUGUUUCGACGGUGAAACGGCUUGACAUUUCACGUUCAUGCGGUGUAAUUCACCCAGCAUGUAGUGAGCUGCUCAUCCUCGUCGUUUGCUCAGGGGCAGAAUUUGCACAAUGGUAGUGCCCCGUCGUGAACUGUGUGUUGCUUCAUUUAAAAAGAGGGUUUUGUAAAACAGCGACAGCUUACAUCAGCGAUAAUUGAACGCGAGGGCUACGAAUCUAUAUGCCGCAAGCAGGAUAUCCGUUUGUUUCCCUUUUUUUUCCAGGCCUUUCGACUCAGUCGGCUACGGCACACCCUGUCUCGCUCCAAGAUAUAACCGAACGCAUUCCGAUUUCCCUGCAGGCCAAGGAGCCGCUUCAACCUUGCGUUUUAACGUAACAAUUUAGCAUGUUAUAUGUAGUGUGACGCGGCUGCUUCAGAACGUCCAUUUGUAACAUCUGUCUCACGCUCACUCUCUAGCCGCGUAGCACCGCUUCACCACCGGGGUUUCUUUCCGCCCUCUCAUUUGAACACAGAGGAACGCGUUGGAUUUGUCGACUCUCUGUUGGCAAGGAUGGAACAAGUUGCGUUCUAGCCGGUGGGAACGUGGCAGUCACCCGGUUCUCACGGAUACGUUGAUGAACACUUAAAUGCCCGGGGCCGGGUUCAAGCGCAGCGACAUCCUUGGACUCAGUUUUUGUCACCCCGGAUGGAGACGCUUCUUUCUGCGGGAACGUUGGAUCCGGAAGUGCCAUUCGAGUGUUUUAUUUCGAAGUUAAAGAGACGAGAUGUGCGUGGGUGUUCCUCUCAACUCUGCUAAGGCUGCGAGCGCCAUAGUCGGGCGUACCUUUGUAGGGACGAAUGCAGAUGUUCUAUGAGCACGAAGGCAUCCAACGCCGGGUAGACCCUUUCCGCCACACAUCGUUUCAACUCAUUCUGUUCUUCCUCGGUGCGAAACUGCGUCUCGUUCUCCGGGGACGCCGAUCAUCGCGGGUGUCUGACGUCACUUCUCGCAGUUGUCGCGGCUGUUCUUUUUUCUCGGAAGAAAUGGGUCGUUUGCCGCAUCGGUCGCUUCCUGCGCGCGUGCUCGCUGGCGCCGUCGCGUCAGUGUUGCUGUCACGCCGGCGCUGCUUGCGCGUGUUUUUCGCCGUCAGUCUGCUCGCUGUCUUUGUCUCUUCGUGGGUCGCGACGACGGGGAACGUCAUUCGGAAGAUGACGUUCGAGAGCUGCGACUCCCGCAACCAAAAAGUCAUUGUGACGGUCAACCCUGGGGACGCACUGGUUCUCAGAUGUGCGGGAGCCGUCAGUUCGGUGCCAGCGGACAUUAACACAUCCUGCUGCCACGACGCCGGAGCGCGGUGUACGGCGGCGACGAAGAAAACGUAUGCGGAAAUGUUUCCGACGGCGCCGCCAGAAUUCGUCUUUUCAUACGGGGACGGCGUCAACACUGCGUGGCAACUGAAAAUUCCGGAGAAUGCGAAGCCACCGUACCCGUCGUUCAGUGUAGGCUGGCAGGGUCCGCGAACCUCCGUCGUGAACAGUUCCGUGCGGACGGCUCCGCAGACGACUGUCGUGAUCCGCGUCGAGGGUGAGAUGGAGUCCGAGAUCCUCGUCUCCAUCACCUCCACGAUUUCCCGCUCCGCAGCAUCGACCUUUAUGGUGGGAAGGAAACUGCAACAAAUCGUCACCUGCGGCGCGCUGGCUCUGGCGGGGCUUCUUGCGACAGCCGGAAUGACAGGCUGAGGAAACGAGGGAAGCCCGCGAGAAGGCUGGCAGAAAAAAGCGUAGUCGGAGAGGUGGAAAGCCGGCGAGAAAACUAUGUUCGUGCUGCUCGGAUCCAGCUUGAUGGUUCUGAAUCACGAGGCUGCUGAAUGGUUAACUGAAGGACUUGCUGUUUCUGGGAGCAGGAGUGCCCUCAGUUCUAGGCGCCGAGGGAGAUUCGGGACCGCAUGCGGUUUCUUCGGGCCGGCUGAAAGGGGCAAACGACAACAAGGACGAAACGGGAUAUGGGUUUCUCCGGUCAACGCGAGGACGGGGCGCACGAGCGAAACAGAAAGAGGUUGGAAAGGGAACUGUUUGGAGGCAGAGAAGGAAAAACUUGGGAGCAACAGAGACGAAAACAGACUUGCGUGAGUGCACUAGAGCGAUGAAUUGAGCUUUUUCUGCCCGGUUUUGCGGCGCUCUACGUCGCAACUUUGGGGAGAGUGGAGGGUCCUUGAGAGUCUAUCUUACGAACUACGAUGUAGGAUUUAUCUUUCGGCCUUCUACAGAGACUCACGCACUCACUUGUCGUGCCCACUUUCUAGUGUGGCGAACGUUUCAGUGAGAAGGCAACGCAUGUGAAGAAAAAUGCUUGUUGGAGAAGAAACGACAGGGGUACUUUCUCGCAUCCCUGCCUCCCCGUGACCCGUAGUCCCUUGGAGGGGAAAAGCGUUUUGUGUCACUUCGUGCUGUUGCCCAUUGUUUUCACAGGUCGCGUAGUGUUGCAGCGUUACCAGGGAGCUCUUCCUUGUGGUGUAUAAAAGUGUGAAGGGGCAUUGUGCGAUUUCUCAACUCGACGGACCUUCUCGCAAGCAGGGGGGAGGAGGAUGCAUGACAGAGGCGAGACGGCGAAAAUAUCGAUAAGAUAAGCAGAGAUGAACCGAGAACGGGUGUACCCUGGAGGAGGGAAACACUGAUCAUCCAUGCGAAAAACGUAUGGGGAGAGUGAAUCGCGUGUACACAGUGCUUGCUUUUGUGUUGUUCUCUGGUCCAGUUCUGCAUAGUGUCUUCAAAUUUUUAAUGACUGGGACACGGGGGCGAGGGGCUGCAGAAUCGUGGCCUGGAACUUCGCCGCUAUGGUGAUAAUCAGGAAACAAAGGAACUCUCGCAACGAGUAGAGAGAGUCCGAGUGUCCGCAGAGCUGAUACACGACGUGCAACGCACUAGGUUUUUUUGCGUGUUCUGCCGUCCCUCAGUCCCCGGUUGCUUUCUUUAGUAGCUCUGUGUCGCUGCAACGCAUGCCCUGUGCGUCAGUCUAAAGCAACCGACGUAAACGGAAGGCACACUCAUCCGAGACGUGGAGUGCAAAGAAGCGACCCAGAGUGAUAGUGUCACUGGUACACAUUUUUUUCGCUGCGAAGUCUAACAAGACUCUGCGUGCUUUUUUUGCAAGUUCUGUGUGCCUGUCACCCGAGGACGACCUGUUCGUGGAAAUGUGCAAGAGUCUGCAGACCGUUUGUCUCAAAGAAAAGAAUGGGACAAUCUAAACUCAAUGGAAAGUGAGGAGGGGAAAAGCAUGCGAGUCAGCGAAGGAGCGGUUGAGAGAAGUCGUGGACUGAACAUCUGCUGACUGUAGAGGAAGGGAUGUUCGCAGACGACGGAUCUAGGAAACGCCAAUGAUGGAAGCGGCUCUUCUGCAUGAGAAGCGCCUCACGCUUUUCAGUUCUUCCCCAUCAUUUCUCUGAGAAUAGAAAAGCAUCUGUGGCCGUUAUUUUGUAUCGUUCUACACUGCACGAGGUCCUGCGUCACUCCGUCGGCCCAACAAUCCAGAUCCUCCUUAUGGGACCCACACGCCGAUCUAGAUUCCUGACACUCCAGAGCACCUGACAAAGAAACCGAAGAUUUUUGGGACGCCUCGAACCGAUAUGACUUAGGGACAUUGUGGCCAACCUUGAGGUGCUCGCUGACGGAGAAAGCUGUUCCGUUGCAUAGAGCGUCCCUAGGAACCAUUGAAACAGGGUGGUGUCGCGCUCCUUAUAGAGACCGAAAUUCGAAUAUAGGAACGGAUUCCUGGACGGCGAAACAUCAUAUGUGCCCAGCCCUUUGCUCGUGGGGAACUGAGUUUGCCAUCAGAAUACCGAAGCGCGCAGAAAGCCUCUGUUUCUUUUUGCUUUAGAGUCUACGUGAUUGUUUUUGUCGCCUAGACUCCGGCGUUCUUCGUGCUGUCUGCGUUAACCGUGCAAGAAUAGGCACUUUCCAUUCGAGCAUACUUUCUAAAACAAACGCAG